CGGGUUUAGUGGGGGACCCGUGACCGCUCAGCUGGCCGCGUUUCCCCCCGCAUUCCGCCUUCUCUCCCGCGACUCUGUUUCAACUUCCAUCUCCUCUGCUUUCGCGUUGCUGUACUACUAGUACAUCAUGCAAUUGGGCCUCUCCGAGAACCUGUCGGCCCUGGUGGCUCGGCGCUUUGUAGCGGCCAAAGAUGGGGGUCACCUCUUGUUCUCCCAAACUCAACUUACUACCGUUAGCGCCUCGGGGGUUCCGUUUCAACUUCGAUAUUGCCCCGCCCUUGCAAAGAAGCCAACCGCCACUCCCAAGUCCGACCAAGGCCCCAAGGCACCAAAGCCAGAUCCUUUUCAAGACCCGUCCUCCGAACUUCUGAUCGCCCAGAUCCCGCGAGAGAACCCGUCGCAUUUCCUAGUGUUGAACAAAUUCCCCGUUAUUCCGAACCACUUCAUCCUCGCCACGAAGCCAUGGAAGGCGCAGACAGACCUAUUAGAAAAGGAUGACUUGGAGGCAGCAUUUUCCUGCAUUAAGGAAUGGGGGUCACAACCAGAUGGCACGGAGUCUAGGCGACUGUUCGCCUUCUUCAAUUCCGGAGACGAAAGUGGUGCGAGUCAACCCCACAGACAUCUGCAAUUUCUACCAGUGGAAGCAAUGGCACAGGGAGAAUCGGGUGGUUGGCAGCCCUUGAUUGACGUCGUGUCGUCGCAGCCGCCCCCCUCGGGCUCUGAGUAUCGGUGCUUGAGCCAUUUCCCGUUCGCGCACUUUGCGCUUCCGUUGCCAUCGAACCCAUCUGCCGAUACACUCCACGCGAUCUACCUUUCUCUCUACCGUACAGCGUUGGCAACCGCAAAGGAGAGACCGAGUGCAUAUGACGCUAAGGCAAGCAGUGGUCCGGCGGCGAUCAGCUAUAACCUGGCCAUGACUGAUUCGGUGAUGAUGAUAUGCCCCAGGAGGAAUGAAAGUAGCCGAAUUCCUGUGGAUCCUGCCGUGUCUCAGGAAAUUGCCGAGGCAGGGGUCGUUUCUCUGAAUGGCACACUGCUUGCCGGCACCCUUAUGGUGAAAGCUGAAGCCGAAUGGGACCAAUUACGUCGCAAUCCAGAAACUUUGGUCAAGGUACUGACUGAAAUUGGUUACUCUCAGCCUGAUCUGCGGGAACUCUCUCUAUUAUGAAGCCCCCUGCAACUGACGGGGAGGCUGAGAAGCGGUUCAAGCCGACUCUAAGAUGUACAGAUCCUUAGUCUGUGAUGAAGACUGAGGAAGGUCUUCUGCGGCUCAGUCCAGAAGAUAGAUCUCACUGACAUGAUCUUUUAUGAGCUUCGCAUUGCCAUGGUUCAAGAAAAUAGAUAUGAGAAAUGUCCAGAAAUUCAUUGUUCCCGCGCUCAUGAUUCAGCGUUUUGUUUAAUUGAAUCAACCUUUCAUUUUUGUCAGUUCUCUCGAUUUAGAAUUUCUUUCGGUGGAUGAUUCCUCAGCACAGAUGAGCUCUGCAGUUUCGACACAGCUGCUGAG